UGUUUCAUGGAACGGCCGUGAACGAACUCCAUCGUCAGAAGAUCAGAGCCGGACGAAGAAGAGAACUUUUUGGUGGUGGAUCCAGCUGCAUCUCCAUCUUCAUCGUCAGUCGACUGGUGAAAAACUUUAUCAUAAUACUGUUUGUUUCUUCUCUGGCAUUACGUUGUACUGGUUUUUUGUUCAUGUUGUGGUUGUGACUGUCUGCUGCUGAGUUGGAUGGACUCAAUGCAAUGUGUAGUUUGGGUGAGACCAGAAAACGAUAAGUCUUCCUGGAAUAGAUUUGGUCUCACUUUGGAGUAUGCGAUUGAGAAUUGACAGAAGUGGUGGAUUGCUGGUGGUCAUAGCAGCGUAGCAGGAUGACGUGAGUUGAAUUUUGUCAAGUGACUCGUGCCGGCAGGAUUAGUUUGGUUUAGAGUAUCAUUUAGUUGCGACGAAUCGAACUGUUGAAGGUGCGAGGUGAAAUUUUUGUCUAGAGGGUUGUGCUGGUGGGGUGGUUAUGAUGGUGAGAGCUGUCUAGUUGGGAUGAAUUGAACUGUUGAAUUGUUCCGGAAGAUGGUAGGUUAGCUGAGCCAGCAUUGUUUGUUUAUAUAGUUUAAACGUUACUGCUGCAGGACUCAAUUCCAAGGCUGCUCUCCAACGUGCAGUUAAGACUGAUUUAACUGACUGGCUCAGGUGGAUUGUAAAUUCUCAGUUCGGCCGAUAACAUGCCAAGAAUCGACACUGGGUUUUCCUUGAGAUGGAAAGUGUGGGGAAGAAUGUACAGUUCAAGUGAAUCAGUUAGAGAGAUUUCAGAAUCAUUGAGAAAGAUAAGUAAAAUUAUGAUGUCCACACCGGCGUUGGCCCUUGAUACUGCCCUCGACCAAAGUGGCAUCAGGGUGUCCCCGGAUAUAGUGGAGGAUGUCCUUAAGAGAUUCGAAAAUGCAGGUAUGUUGGCUUAUAGAUUCUUUGAAUGGGCUGGGAAGCAAAGAAAUUACUCGCACAGUGUUAGGGCUUACCAUAUCAUGAUCGAGUCUCUGGCAAAGAUCAGGCAGUAUCAAAUUGUGUGGGAUGUUGUAAAUGCCAUGAGGAACAAGAGCAUGUUGAAUGUUGAGACGUUUUGCAUCAUCAUGCGAAAAUAUGCCAGGGCCCAGAAAGUGGAUGAGGCGGUAUAUACAUUUAAUGUCAUGGAAAAGUAUGACAUGCCACCAAAUCUAGCGGCAUUCAAUGGCCUCCUAAGUGCUUUGUGUAAGGCCAAGAAUGUGAGGAAGGCUCAAGAGAUUUUUGAUAGUAUGAAACAGCAAUAUGCUCCAGACUCGAAGACGUACAGUAUAUUGCUAGAAGGAUGGGGAAAGGCUCCAAAUCUGCCCAAGGCGAGAGAGACCUUCCGUGAAAUGGUUAGCGCAGGUUGCGACCCUGAUAUAGUGACUUACGGAAUUAUGGUUGACAUACUUUGCAAGGCUGGGAGAGUCGACGAGGCUGUUGGAAUUGUCAAGGAAAUGGAUUCCAAUGCCUGUCGACCAACAUCUUUCAUUUAUAGUGUUCUUGUACAUACCUAUGGGAUAGAAAAUCGGAUUGAAGAUGCUGUUGAGACAUUCCUAGAAAUGGAAAGGAAUGGAAUUGAGGCUGACGUGGUAGCAUACAAUUCCCUGAUUAGCGCCUUUUGCAAAGUUAACAAAUUUAAAAACGUGAAAAGGGUCUUGAGUGAGAUGGAGAGCAGGGGAGUUAAUCCCAACACAAGGACCUGUAAUAUUAUUUUAACAAAUUUGAUUAAUAGUGGGGAAACCGAUGAAGCUUACAGCUUCUUCCGGAGAUUGAUCAAGGUUUGUGAGCCUGAUGCAGAUACAUAUACAAUGAUGAUAAAGAUGUUCUGCCAGAGGGAUGAGCUGGAGAUGGCUCUUAAGGUGUGGAAAUAUAUGAAUUCGAAGCGGUUCAUACCAAGUAUGCACACUUACUCAGCACUCAUAAAUGGCUUAUGCGAGAAGGGUAAUUCACCAAGGGCUUGUGUCUUAUUGGAAGAGAUGAUGGAGAAAGGGAUCCGUCCAUCACGUGAGACUUUUGGGAGGGUAAGGCAAUUGCUUAUAAAGGAAGGAAGAGAGGAUGUGUUGAAAUUUCUUCAAGAGAAAAUGAACCUUUUGGUUAAAGAGCCAUUAUGUGAUUGAAGUUAUGCAUAAGGACUGAGGAGCUUUCUGCUACAAGUUAUGACCCUGAUUUUGUUAGAUUCAGGCAUUAGGACAUAAUAUUCAGUUUGGCAGCAGUGCUCUGUUUGGUUAAGUUAUUGGGCUGUCACUGUGGGUGAGCAUCAUUUUCUUGUUUGUUCAUAUUAUAGGCUGCAGAUCUCAUCGUACCAUUGGAAGAAGGCCAAUGGAGGUCACCAAACAAAGCACUGCAAAAGUCAGGGAUCAUUAUGAGAUUAGAGUCAGAGAGAAGAUUUUCUUGACGACACCUAGACCAAGAUUGCAAGCUUAGCGAACUCACCGUUACAGAAUGGAUCAGAGGUGUCUGGAGGAGAUAUGGCAACAAGAAGAUAAACACACAGCAGAUUUUGGUGGGUCUCUCGGCCAGUGACAGCAUUGGCUGUGCAAAAGGUUACUUGGAGAAAAAAGGAAUUCAUACCUCGUCAUUGAAGCGUUGCAUGGAAUAAGGAGGAAUAGAAACUAGACUCUGGAAAUUGGAAAUUUUUGUGACUGUACAUGCCAGAUCAAGAAAAUAGCCCUUAUCGGCUGCUACAGCUUUUUGUUGGCAACCAUUGCCUUCUUCUGGGGCUAUUCACCUAUGGAGGACCAAUCCCAAAGAUCCUCAAAGAGUUCCUCUGUGGAGGGACGAGUCGUCGGGCUUGGGAUCGACAAAAUGGCAGAGAAGCUCGAGAAGAGACUGCGGGUUUUUGAUACCACAGAGAGUGGAGCUCAGGAUAUUGGCACUGGAGGGCAGGGCUUGCGAGGGAAAAGAUCUCAGCAGGUGCAAUUUGGAAGCCAUGACCAGAGCGGUACUAGAAGGCGAAGUGGACGUCGUGAGACCACUCAUCAAGUACGCAAGCGUCGAAUCUGCAGAGGAUCGGCACCAAGCUGUUAGGGAACAGGAAAUAGUUUGAUCAAAUCAAUCAAUCUCAUAUUUUGUCAGUGUUCACAUAUGUAGACUAUGGUUGAUUUAGUACUCAUUUGGAGAACAUAUUUUUUUGAUCUAAGGUAACAAAGACCCUGCGUGGAGGAUUUUUUUCUCAUUUCA